AUGUUGCGGUGCAUUAGACGGUUCAGCAGUCGGGGCGCGGCGGCGUCUGCGGUAGCAACAGGGAUCCCGGUAGGCCGGGAGGCGAAGAGACUGAUGAGCAAGCCGCUUGUGACGCGGCUGUCGGUAGACGGGCCCAUCGAGUGCCCGCUCUCCGGCAUGCAGCUGCUCAACUCGCCGCUGUUCAACAAGGGCUCGGCCUUCACGCAGGAGGAGCGCGCGGCUUUCGGACUGGAGGGCUUGCUGCCGCCACAGGUGAACACGCUGGACGAGCAGGUCGAGCGUGCGUACAAGCAGUUGUGCUACUUGAAGACGCCGUUGGCCAAAAACGACUUCAUGACGUCAAUGCGGAUGCAGAACAAGGUGCUGUUUUUCGAGCUGGUGCGGAGGCACAUUCGGGAGCUGGUGCCUAUCAUUUACACGCCGACCGAAGGUGAUGCGAUUGCCGCAUACUCACACCGGUUCCGGAGGCCCGAGGGUGUGUUCCUGGACAUCACUGAGCCCGACUCCAUCGAGGAGCGGCUGGCAUCCUACGGCGAGGAUAAGGACGUUGACUAUGUGGUUGUGUCCGAUGGUGAGGGAAUCCUGGGCAUCGGCGACCAGGGCAUCGGCGGCAUUCGGAUUGCGAUUUCCAAGCUAGCUCUCAUGACCUUGUGCGGUGGCAUUCACCCUGGACGGGUAAUGGCCGUGACCUUGGAUGUGGGGACGAACAACAAGAAGCUGGCGCGCGAUGAGCUUUACAUGGGUAACCGCUUUGCACGUGUCCGUGGCAAGCAGUACGACGAGUUCCUGGACAAGUUCAUCAAGGCUCUCAAGAAGCGCUUCCCCAGCGCUGUGCUGCACUUUGAGGACUUUGGAGUAGAAAAUGGCCGGCCGCUGUUGGACCGGUACCGGAACGAGCUUCCGUGCUUUAACGACGAUAUUCAGGGCACCGGCGCCGUCGUGAUGGCUUCAUUUUUGGCCGCACUAAAGCAUACCGACAGAAAUCUUCUGGACUCGAAGGUGCUAGUCUAUGGCGCUGGCUCUGCCGGAAUUGGGAUUGCGGACCAAAUUGUAAACCAUAUGGUCUCCUACGGUGCCUCCGUCGAUGAGGCGCGUUCUAAGAUCUUCACUAUGGACAGACGGGGUUUGAUCAUGGAUUCGAUGAGGGCUGGCUCUACGCGCGCUCAGCAGGCAUACGCCAAGCCAGACGAUGAGUGGGAGGGCGUCAACACCAAAUCACUGGUCGAGGUUGUUUCCCGUAUCAAACCUACCUGUCUGAUCGGAUGUUCCACCCAGGCUGGUGCAUUCAACAAGGCGGUUGUCCAGGAAAUGCAUAAACACAAUGAACGCCCCAUCAUCUUCCCUCUAUCCAACCCUACGAGACUGCACGAAGCGGUACCAGAGGAUUUGCUCGAGUGGACAAACUACCAGGCAUUGGUUGCCACCGGUUCCCCCUUCCAUCCAGUCAACGGAUACCGCAUCUCCGAGAACAAUAACUGCUUCUCUUUCCCUGGUAUCGGCUUGGGCGCCGUGCUUGCCCGUGCAACUAUUAUCAGCGACAAGAUGAUCUCCGCGGCCGUGGACCAGUUGGCUUCUCUGUCGCCUUUGAAGCCAGGCGACUCCAGGCCAGGCCUCCUGCCGCCUUUGGAAGUCAUCAACGACACUUCAGCGAAGGUUGCCACCGCUGUCAUCCUGCAAGCGCUCGAGGAGGGCCUUGCUCGUGUCGAACAUGAGGCAGUUCCCAACAGCACCCUGGGCGAGCGCGUCAGGGUCCCAAGAGACUUUGACAAAUGUCUGGAGUGGGUCAAGGUCCAGAUGUGGAAGCCGGUGUACAGGCCGUUGCUGAAGGUGCAGCACGACCCUUCUGUUCACACUUUCCAACACUGA